AUGUCUGGACGUGGAAAGGGAGGCAAAGCCAAGACCGGAGGAAAGGCCAAGUCCCGCUCAUCAAGAGCCGGACUCCAAUUCCCAGUUGGUCGUCUUCACCGUAUUCUUCGCAAAGGAAACUACGCUCAACGCGUCGGAGCCGGAGCCCCAGUCUACUUGGCCGCUGUUCUCGAAUACCUCGCUGCUGAGGUUCUCGAGUUGGCCGGUAACGCUGCCCGUGAUAACAAGAAGACCCGUAUCGCCCCAAGACAUCUUCAACUUGCCGUCCGUAAUGACGAAGAGUUGAACAAACUUUUGGCUGGAGUCACAAUCGCUCAAGGAGGAGUUCUUCCGAACAUCCAAGCUGUUCUUCUUCCAAAGAAGACCGGUGGAGAUAAGGAAUAA